AUGACAUCUUUUCAAGUGGUACGUGUCUCAAUGGCCUAUAACGCUAUCCUAGGAAGACCACUCCUGAACAAGAUCAAAGUCAUUAUGUCUACCUUCCACCUAGCCAUGAAGUUUCCAACAAGUAAUGGCGUUGGGGUCGUGCGAGAAGACCAAGCAGCUGCCAGACAAUGCUAUGUUGCCAGCGUUCGAGAAAUAAAUAACGACGUCAUGCAAAUCUCAAGGACAGAGCCCAAGAUCGGGCAACAAGUCAGACUUGCUCCUGUCGAAGAAUUGAUGGAAAUCGAGCUCAAGCAUGAUAAGAAGGUGACGAUUGGUCGGGAUCUUGACGUCACCCUAAAGACAGAACUUAUUGGUUGCUUAUCUCGCAACAUUGACGUUUUUGCCUGGAAGGUUGAGGAUAUGCCAGGGAUAGACCCCAAAAUUGCAGUCCACAAGUUUAACAUUAGCCCAAGGACCAAACCAAAGGCCAAUGGUACGUGGAGCGUCUGCAUUGACUUCACAGAUCUUAACAAAGCAUGUCCAAAGGAUAGUUAUCCCCUACCGCGGAUUAACAACUUGGUGGAUAGCACAUCUGGACAUAAGCUAUACAGCUUCUUAGAUGCAUUUUCUGGUUAUCAUCAAAUCCUCAUGGCUAAGGAAGAUCAAGAAAAGACGUCAUUCAUGGCCGAUUCCGCCAUAUACUGUUAUAAGGUCAUGCCUUUUGAUCUUGAAGAGGUUUUCGACACCUUGCGAAAGUACAAAAUGAAGUUGAACCCAGCAAAAUGUGCAUUUGGCGUAGCCUCGGGCAAGUUCUUGGGCUUUAUGAUCACUCACCGGGGGAUAGAGGCUAACCCUGACAAAAUACAAGCCUUGGCAUCUAUGGAAUCACCAAGGAACAAGAAAGAGGUACAGAGGUUGACUAGUAGGAUAGUAGCCUUGAAUAGGUUCGUGUCUCGAGCAUCAAACAAGUGCUAUCCCUUCUUCAAAGUCCUCAGAGGAAACCAAGGCUUUGAUUGGAGUGAAGACUGUGAGAAAGCUUUUCAGGAGCUCAAGCAAACAUUGGCAUCUCCUCCUAUUCUCACUAGGCCUGAGCCUGUGACACCUUAUUUUUAUACUUGGCCGUAUAUCAAAACGUGGUAUACUUUGGUGGAACAACUUGCCCUUGCCUUGGUGAUAGCAGCACGGAAACUCCGGCAGUAUUUUCAGUCUCGCCCUAUUGUGGUGCUCACUAAUCAACCACUUAGGCAUGAACUUCAAAAGCCGGACGUCUCAGGAAGACUGAUGAAAUGGGUGAUCGAGCUUGGAGAAUUUGACAUCGAAUUCAAACCACGCCUAUCUAUCAAAGUCCAAGCAUUAGCCGACUUCAUUGCAGAACUAACCCCUAGGCCUCGGGGGUUAGGUGACGGCUCGAGCAUGAGCACUAAUUUGGACACUUGUCAAAUUUUUGUAGAUGGAGCAUCGAACUCCUCGGGCUCAGGUGUAGGGGUCAUCAUCAUCAGCCCUAACAAACAUACAGGGAUUCAAUGCGCUCUUAGGUUCGAGUUUGAAGCAACCAAUAACGAGGCCGAGUAUGAGGUCGUCGUUAUUGCUCUGGAGCUAGCCCUUAGCCUUGAGCUCGAGUUCGUGAAGGUAUUCAGUGAUUCACAACUGGUGGUCGGACAGAUUGAAGGAUCAUUUAAAAGGAAAGACAAGAAAAUGAGUUUGUACUGCAUGAAGGUUCAGGAUCUUCAACGAAAAUUCAAGAGUUGUGAAAUUGCAAAAAUUGCUCGAAAGGACAACGGAAAAGUCGACGCAUUAUCCAGGCUUGUGUUCAUGGGGGUUGACAGCCUAGACAGAACAGUUUACAUCAAAGUCAUCACAGAACCCAGCAUCAAUCAAAUCCCUGACGUCAUGGACAUUGACAACGAACCGUCUUGGAUGGACCCAAUCAUAGAAUUCAUCACAAGUGAAAAUCUACCAAGCGAUGCCAGAUCGGCUAGAAGCAUCUGA